UCUGUGCGGGUCACUGCUGACCAGAUGGGAAAGAGACACAACAUGAGAUCAAGUACAGGUUUGGUGGAAAUCAUAGGGUUGACAGAGACAUUUAUAUUUAAUCCUAAAGAGGGAAUAGACAACCCAGUGAUGGUCACCACAGAAGACGCAGACUCUGUGUCGACACCCAGCCCACGUCUGUGUGUUCUUAAACGAGACGAAAGGGAGUCCUACGGCUUCCAUCUGAGGGUGGAGAGGGGACGCCAGGGUCACAUCAUCAGAAAUGUAGUGUCAGGAGGGGUGGCGGUAUGCAGUGGCCUUCAGGAUGGAGACAGGCUUCUGGAAGUCAACAACUGCUAUGUUGAUGAUGUCCCUCACCCUGAGGUGGCUAGGAAGAUAAAGCUAAGUGGACACCAGUUAUGUUUAUUAGUGUUGGAUGGGGGGGAAUAUGAGCAGGCGAUGUCCCGAGGUGAAGACCUCCAAAGUCUGGCCAAAGCACACAAGGGCGAGGGCUGCAAACCACCCAGACUCUGCCAUAUCACCAAGGAUCCAGCCUCAGAUCUGGGCAUCAACUUCACACCCGUGGAAGGAGAGAAAGGUCGCUUCUCUGUGAGGGUGGUGAAAGGAGGUGCAGCUGAAAAGGCCGGGGUGUGUAAGGGAGAUCACUUGGUGUGGAUGAAUGGAGCAACAGUGUCCGAUCUCACACACUCUGCACUCAGCAGGAUGAUGAAAAAAUGUGGCAAUCACAUCACCAUCCUAGUGAUUGACGGUGAGAGUGAGACGAACUACGAGCGACAGAGGAUGCCCAUCCUGCCCGCCAUGGCUGUUCCACAUAACCUGCCUUAUAGAGCCAGAAGACUCCACCUGGAGUCUGAGCCUGAGGGAUAUGGCUUCCUCCUUCGGCUGGAGAAGGCACCAUCAGGACGCACAUCUCAUGUUCUGCGUGAGAUGGGCAGUGGCAGUCCAGCAGAGAGGGCAGGUAUGCAGGAUGGAGAGCUGCUGAUGGAGGUUAAUGGGGAGUCAGUGGAGUCACUUAAGCAUGAGGAGAUUGUGGACAAAGUGAGACGGAGUGGCCAACAGAUGUCUCUCACCACCAUCACUCGCCACGGGCUGGAGUUUUACACCCAGUUGGGUCUAUCCCCUCUUCUCUUCUGCGAGGAUGGUGCUGUUGAGAGGGAAAAGGGGAGAAGCAUAUCAGCCUUUGCAGCAGAGCAGUCCCUACAAAAGGAAAUGGAUGGCUCAUGCAAGCCCAGACACUGUUCUGUCCAAAAAGGCCCUUUGGGGUUUGGCUUUAACCUAGACUGUGUCCCACAGAGUUCUGGGACCUUUGUCAGUCAGGUGGCUUUUGGUGGCUCUGGGCAGAGUGCAGGCUUACUUGUGGGUGAUGUGCUGAUGGAAGUCAAUGGACAAAAUGUGGAGGAGAAGUAUCUGGAGGAUGUGAUUUUUCUUGUGAAGGAAGGAGGAAAUAUUCUUUCUCUACUAGUUAUGGAUAAGACUGGCUACAACAAGCUGAAGCAGACUGACACACCUAUGAGAGAUAUCACUGACAGUGAGGUGCUGUCGAAACGGCUGGGUUUUCAGUCUGCAACGGAAGAUAGGCUCCACAAGUGGCGCCUGAAAAGGGACAUGACAGAGGAGGUAGCUGCGCAGAGCCCGCUAGGGCUGAUCCUCCAGCGUCUGGCGGCCAUGCACGAGGGCACCUCGGCCCUUCAGCAACAGCAGAGCCAGACGCUCGUAGACCUGGCGGCGUACCAGAAGGCGGACCGAGACCUCCUGCAGGGAAUGCUCCGGUCAUCGGCUGCCCCGGAGGGACCCAGCCUACGCGUCUGGUCGCCCGGCACCGCAGAGGGCUCCUCGAAUGCCAGGGCUGGGGUGCUGGCGGUGCGGCAAGCUCGGCCACACCCGGCGGGACUGUCCAGUCAUGGAGGUGGGGCAGUUGGUCCGGAUUGUGGCACCGCCAGACUCCUCCCCCGGUCCGGAAGGGAUGUACCGGUAUGUAUACAGGGGGUAUUCACCAAGCUCUGUGGGACUCGGGAUGUACGCAGACCAUGGUCCACCAGCGCUUGGUUCGGCCCGGGGCGUUACUGGAGGCAUCGUGGGUGA